AUGUCGUUAGGCAGACUUCAAAAUGCACUUUUUUCUAGUGAAGUCAUAGAAAAAGUAGAAGUUAAUCUAAGACAUUUAAUUGAUAAAAUUUUAGCAAGAUACUCCACUGAAUUUGUUAUUUACAGAGAAUUAUUACAAAAUUCAGAUGAUGCUAAAGCUACAGAAGUUGAAAUAAAAUUUGAGACUGAAAAGUCUGGAAAUGAUAAUAAUAUCAAUAUCUCAGAUAAAUGCGUGAGAAUAGUUUUUAAAAAUAAUGGUUUUUUAUUUAGACCUGAAGAUUGGGAUAGAUUGAAAAAUAUUGCUGUAGGAAAUCCUGAUGAACAAAAGAUCGGUGCCUUUGGUGUUGGAUUUUAUUCCCUAUUUUCAGUUUGUGAUAAUCCUCUUGUAUCAUCAGGUACACAAACUAUGAAAUUUUUUUGGGACGGAGAUCAAUUACUUAUUAAACGAAGGGUUAACGAACAAUAUGAUAAGAUUUGGACAAGAUUUUCGAUGGAUACUCUUGAAAAAGAAAAUAAAUUGCCAGAAAUAGAAGCUUUUGGUCGUUUUUUAGCAACUUCAUUGUGCUUCACAGGGAAUCUUAACAAAAUUACAGUCUACUUUAAUGAAAUUCAAGUAAUCCAUUUAACAAAAACAGUGCAUGAAUUACCAUCAAUGCCAAUUAAACCUGAAAUAAGAACAAACUCACCAGAUAAUCUGUUUAAAUUGACAUCAGUUGAUAUCUUCGAAGUUCAAAUGGAUGUUAAAAGAUUGAUCACUUCACCAGGAACUCCGAUAAAUCCAUAUUCACUGGAGGAAGACAGUAUUUUCUUAAAAAUUGCUAGUGGUAAUGUUGAUUUAAAUAUUCCAGAUUCAUUUUGUAUGGAAAUGGAGCGCACCACCAAAAAACGACCUCCAAAAAAUACAAAGAUACAAAUGAUUUUCACUGAUUUUGAUGAGCAAAGUUCUUCUUCAGAUCAAAAUAAUUAUGCUUCUGAAAUAUUCAGAGAUUUAUUGCCAUUCCCUGCACAAGGUAGAAUAUUUAUAGGAUUUCCUACUUUUCAAACAACUGGUUGCUCUGCGCACCUUGCAGCUAGAUUGAUUCCUACAGUUGAACGUGAAUCAGUUGAUUUGGUGGAUAAAACUUUAGCAAAAUAUAACGAGGGACUGUUACGUUUAGCUGGCAUAUUGUCUCGCAUGAUAUAUGAGGAUGAAUUGACAAAAAUUUCAAAUUUGUACAAGGAAUCAUUUGGUUCAAGCCUCGCAACAUUUGAUGAUGGACCAAUGAAAUCUAAAUUUGAAGGUCUUCAAAAAUAUGCGGCGCAUGCUUUGACACAUUUUACAUUUAGAGAAAGUACACCUAGAAAAGAGAUCUCAACAUUAAGUGAAUCACAGUUUUUUGAUUGUACAUCAACUCCAUUGCCAAUAUUAUCUACUUGUGGUGUUUUACCAAUUACAUCCAUCAGAAUACCAACCCCUGAGACGAAACCUUUUAUCAAGAUUGUCCCAAUUGUUCCAACGUUAUUGUUAGAUCAAUGCAAUGAAUUUUUCAAAAAAGCAGAAAAAGCAAAAGAUUCUUCAAGAUCUAUAUAUGAAGUCUCAAUAAAAGAUAUUUUUAUUGAAUUAGAAAGUCGGGCAUUGAACGAGAAUGAGAUGACAAGUUUGUUGAAAUGGUGGAUAAAUUAUCGUUAUAAAGAUAAAGCCACAUUGGAGAAAUUCAUGAAACUUGUUACUAUACAAGUUGAAAACACCAAGGUACCUCUUAGUAAAAUUUCUCAUUAUUUAGACCCAAAUGUUAUUCCACCUGAUGUAGAAGUUCCUCCAAGUGUUUUGCCUUAUUCAAUAAGUAAAGACUUUAAAGAGAGAGAUAUUUUAGCUCAUUUUAGUGAUUGGUCUAAAUUAAGUUUGGUUACAUGGGCUCGAUUUAUCUCUGCAAAACCUUUAUUUGAACAAGAUCCUACGUUUUCAGAAAAAAUUCUUGGAAUCAUUGCACAUCGAUUUAGACGUAUUUCUGAACGGGAUCAAAAGAAUAUUAGACAAUAUUUGGCUAAAAAAAAUUGUAUUCCAACAAAAAUGGGUAUGAAAAUGCCAGAUCAAUCUUAUUUUCCCAGUGCGGAUAUAUUUCCAGAUUUGGCUAUUAUUAGUUGUCAAGACAGAAUUGAUGAUGAAUUUUUCUCUUAUUUGGGAGUUAGAAAACGUGUUGAAAUACAUCUUUUAUGUGAUCGACUUGUUAGACAAGGAGGUUGGAAUCAUAUGGAAUUAAUCAAAUAUCUUGUUCGGAAUGAAUAUGAGGAUGAAGAAAUAAAAAAAUUAUCAUCCAAGUCUAUUUGGCCGAUGGAAUCUAACAAUAAUAGAAGAUUUACAGCAAGGGAAUUAUAUGCACCAUCGUCACAAUUACGUGAUUUUGAAUUACCAAUAAUUGUGUGGGAUGACAAUUGGAAUAGGAAUUCGAGGGAAGCUAAAAUUAUGUUAAAGCUCGGCUUAUGUGAAUAUCCUCCACUUGGUAAAAUACUUCAGCUGGCGUCACCUAUCACAGAGCUUUCAAUUCGCCAAAAGGCUCUAAAUUACUUUCUUGAAAAUCUUAAAACAAAAUAUUCUAAACACUAUGAUGCAAAAAAAAUAAAUAUUGCGUUUCUCCCAUGUACUGAUCUAAACGUUUACGCAAAACCAUCGGAAUGUUACACAAACACGGAGUGUAGGUUUAUGAAAUUUAAUGUAUUACAUAGAGACUUGGUAAGUAGAGCUGAAGAUCUUGGUGUAAAGAAAGAUCCAGAUCGGCUGCAGAUACUAGAAAAACUAAAGAACGAACCACCAGAUGAAGAAAAAGCAAAAUCAAUUUUUGGUUAUUUAUCUUCAUUUCACUUUAUAUAUUCAGAUUGGGGCAAUUUAAACCGAACAUAUUUUAUUCCAAUUCGUGAUAAAAAGUCCGCUCAAUUGAAAUAUGUUAAACCGUCAAACUGUUUUUUUAAAUGUUCUGAUGAAGAUUUUGCUGACUAUUUUGAUUAUAUUAAUUUUGGUGAAAAAGCAAAUAAAUUUUUGCGGGAUUGUGGUGUCAAAGAUGAACCAUCUCCAAUUGAUUUGGCUGAACUUUUAAUUGAAUCUUCACAUGAAGUUUUGAAAAGCCAGGGUAUUGACAAGUAUACUGCUAUACUACACAAAAUCGAUCACAAAUUUUCUUCGGUUCAAAAGAAUAACAAUGUAUUAAAUAAUUUGAAAAAACUUGGAAAAUGUAUACUAGCAUCUUCUAAAGAUAUUUAUAUAAGUGAUAAUGAUAUAUAUGAUAAAAUUUUUGAACCUUUAAGCUGCCCCCCAGAUCAAUCAUUAGUACGUUUGUACAAGAAAUUGGGAUGUCAAUCACUAUCCAGCAGUGUUACAUCUAAAUCUGACAUUAAAGGAAAGAUACUACGACCUACUGAAAAAUCUGCGGAAUUACAAAAUUUGAUUAGGGAACGUGCACCAUUAUUUUAUCAUGAAAUUAAUAAUAACGAUAUCAAUAAAUAUGAACAAUGGGUAAGAGAAUUGGAAGUGUUAGAGGUUGAUCAGAUCGAAACAACUCAUACUUUGGCUCCAAAGAAUAUAACAAAAGUUGAUAAUUUUAUCACCUCUUGUAUUUCAAAAUGUGAACGUAAAUUAUUUAUUAGAGUAGGGGAAUCGGUUAAUUAUUAUGAUGUUGCAAAAUCAAUUUCUCAGUUGAUUUGUAAAAGACCUCAACUUAAUAUGAUUGCCUUUGUAGACUCGUUAUUAACAAAGUCAUUAGAUGAUCUUAGAAGUAGGGGACUUCCAGUAGAUCAAUUAUUAAAUCUAAAGAAAAACAAUUUGUAUGUUGUUGAAAAUGAAGAAAUUUCAGAAUUAAAUCCAUUUGAAGAAGAAAAUUUUUCUGAUACAGAUUAUUAUGAAGUUGCUACGGAAACAAAGCAUUUUUCUGGAAAAACACAAAAAAUUGCUCCUAAUUAUAUGCCUAUCAUGUCAACAACUUCAUAUGAAGAAGCAUUUCCACCGUUACCAGCUUCAUAUAAUAAUAAUUAUGAUAAACAUCAGAGACAAAGCUUUUCCUCAAAAUCACAAUAUGAAAAGAGUUCAUGGUACAAUACAUCUUCUACAACAGUUUCGCAAAUGAGCAUUGAAGAUUUGAAAAAAGUUUUACGUGAUGGCAUAUCCCGUACGAAUUCUGUUGAUGGACAAGUUAAAAUAAAUUUUCCAGAAAAUCAAAUAAGUUACUGUGAUUUUAUACCAGCUCAUUCAUUAGAAUUUAUUGGAGCAGAAAAUGGGGUAGAAUUAUAUAUUUCAAAAGGUCUGGAUCCAUCAACAUUUUCAUCGUCAAGGAUUCCUUUGAAUAACUUUAUUCAAAUGCUUAAACAUUUAUCUAAAGUUUUUGAACUACCUCCCAAAAAGGUUCAUGUGUUUUAUGAUUCUGGCAAUUCUACUGCUUUUAAUCGAAACAAUUCAUUAUUUUUCAAUUUUAAGUAUUAUUUGCUUCGUCGUGAUUCUGAAGCUUCUGAAACUUUUGUCUAUUGGUUUAUGAGAUUUUGUCAUGAAUUAGCUCACAAUAUUAGGAUCCCACAUGAUGCUCAACACGAGAGAACUGGGAAAAAUUUAAUCAAAUUUACGUUGUAUAUGGAGAUUGGUGCCAACAACACAACUGCAGAAGUGCCAGCUGAUAGCCUUGGGGAAGAGUACACCGGAUAUGUGUUUAGGAUUACUGGUGGUAAUGAUAAACAAGGAUUUCCAAUGAAGCAGGGAGUUCUACGUAACGAUCGUGUUAGAUUAUUAUUGUCAAAAGGACAUUCAUGUUAUAGACCUCGUAGAACUGGUGAACGUAAAAGAAAAUCUGUUCGCGGAUGUAUUGUUGGAAGUGAUCUUUCUGUUUUAUCAUUGGUCAUUGCAAAACAAGGCGAUAAAGAUAUUCCUGGAUUAACAGAUACUACUGUUCCAAAAAGAUUGGGUCCUAAAAGAGCUUCAAAAAUUCGUAAAUUCUUUAAUUUAUCAAAAGAUGAUGAUGUUAGAAAAUUUGUUAUUCGCCGUGAAGUCACACCAAAGAAUACCAACAGGAAACCUUUCACCAAAGCACCCAAAAUCCAACGCCUUGUAACUCCAAUUACUAUACAACGUAAAAGACAUCGUUUAGCAUUGAAACGUAGAAGAGCUCAGGCUGCAAAAGCUGCUGCUUCUGAAUACGCCACUUUACUUGCUAAACGUGUGAAGGAGCAAAAAGAACGUAAAGCUAGUCUUAGAAAGAAGAAAAAAGUUACCAAAAAAGCUUAA